AUGGAAAAUAUGAAUCCCUUAGACGAACACGAAAGAAAAGUGAUCAUUGAAUUCUGUCACUUACUGGAAAAAUCUAAACAACUAUUCAACGGUCUCAGGGAGCUCCCCCAAUAUGGCCAUAAACAAUGGCAUUCCUACUUUGGUCGUACAUUCGACGUAUACACAAAAUUGUGGAAGUUUCAACAGAAGCACCGCUGUAUUCUGGAUAGUAAAUAUGGUCUCAAAAGGUGGCAAAUUGGGGAAAUUGCCUCUAAAAUUGGCCAGCUAUACUACCAUUUUUACCUCCGAACGAGCAAUACCGGUUACCUGAACGAGGCUUACUCGUUCUACUAUGCCAUUCGAGGAAGAUGCUAUUACACAAAAGCUAGUAAGGAAGAUAAAUGUGAAUUAAUGGUAAAGAAAUUGAGAUAUUAUGCUCGAUUUAUUGUUGUAUGUCUGCUACUGAAGAAGUUAAAGCUUGUGCGGGAUCUUAUUAAAGAAUUGGAUAGACAAAUCAUUGAUUACGGAAUCACGUACGAUCCCGAUGAUCAGAUGGAGUGGGCCCUGGUUGUAGACGAGGUCAAGGCUUUCAUACAAAUGGAGCCAGUCAUUACUGUCUUACACCCAGACAAUUAUCCAGUCACUCUGUCCCACAGACUCUCGCCGUUGACAACGCCGCCUGUGGAGCGUAAUUCAAACAUGUCGCUAGUGUUACACGAAAUACUGAUCAUCGGAAGCAACUCCCAACAGGUCAAAUUCUCAGAACUGACCAUAGAUAUGUACCGGAUGCUGCAAACAUUGGAACGGGAGGCAACCGGCGAGAUACACCAGAUAUACGAUGAUUCACCCCGUCAGAAAUUUACAUCGACGCCCAAUGCUCCCAACAACAAAGGAUAUUAUUUAGAGAAUGGGAGAAACAAACCUCUUAACCCUCACAAGUACCUGCUGUAUAAGCCGUCUCCCAGCCAACUGCUAGUAUACCUCGCGAGUGGCUGCUUGGAUCUGCCGCUUUAUGGGGCCCUGCUCAUAUACAUCUCAUCAGAUGGUCAAAUUGUACAACCACCGAAGAACUCUGAGGACGGUGGCUAUGACGCUGGCGGUUUAAUAACGACAUCCAAGAAUGACAUUUACCGGGAAUCGAAUAGGGAUUCGAAAGCUCCAACAACCACGAAGCACAAGGAGAGCCAUUGUUUGCAUCCAGGCGACCUGUUCCCAUUUACCAGGAGACCGUUGUUUCUGAUCAUUGAUUCAGAUAACUCUUACGUCUUCCAAAACUUACCACAACUCUUUGGUCAACCUCUUGUUGUUUUGAUGUCCCCUGCGGAGUUCCCAGCACCUUUUCGUGAUCGCGGGGAACGAGGCAGCUUAUUCACUCUAUUUCUGCACUCGCCGCUCUCGGCCUUUUGCUACUUCUGCCAGAUCCACGAACUGCAUCUGGUGCAUUGGGAUCGUGCUCAGAAUUAUAUUGACACAUUCAUGGCUGAGGCGUCCCAACUAGUCACCAGGAGCCGCUUAGGUAAUAGGUAUAUGCCGUUUAUGGGCGACGACUUCCUACGACUGUUGGUGUUGAGGUUCAUAUUCUGCGAGGUAAUCAUACGUACGCACCGGGCGUUCGAACACCAUCCAUGCCACACACGAGCCGCGCCGCCGCUCCCUGAAGAACUACUCGGACAUCCCGCACUUUUUCAUAUUGUGAUGGAUUUGGCCAGUCAUUUACAAGUACGUCAUCACUUCCAGGACCCGAAUGCUCCCGCCGCGCCUCCCGCGAAUAGAGAAUGA